CCCAUCAUCUUUCUGAAAUCAUCCUCCUAUACCCUCAAAGCAUCUCUAAUCCCUAUCCAACCCCAACCCCCAUCCCCCACCAUGUCCUCAACUGCUCCCUCCGCCGCCUCUAACCCCUCCCCCUCCUCCCCCGCUCCCCCCAACUACUCUGCCUUCCAAACCGAGCUCUACACCUCCUCCAUCCUCCACGGCAAGAAACCCCUCAUAACCACCAACCCCAACAAGCUCGAGGAACAAGCCCGCGCCGCCCUCCCCCUGCGCUCAUACAACUAUGUCGCCGGCGGCGCCGGCGAGCGCGCCACCAUGGACGCGAACCGGCAGGCGUUCCGGCGGUGGGCGCUCGUGCCGCGCAUGUUGAGGGAUACGUCGGCGAAGAAGGUGGGGGUGGAGUUGUUUGGGGUUAAGUAUGAUUCACCCAUCUUAAUGGCGCCGGUGGGCGUGCAAACUAUCUUUCACAAGGAUAGGGAAGUCGGUCUCGCAAAAGCAUGCGCAGACAUCGGAGUCCCCUACAUCAUGUCCACAGCAGCAAGCAGCACCAUCGAAGAAGUCGCCGAGGCAUCAGGAUCGGGGCACCGCUGGUUCCAACUCUACUGGCCCUCCACAGACGCCAUAACGCGCUCCCUCCUCACCCGCGCCACCACCUCCGGCUUCAGCGUGCUAGUAGUAACCCUCGACACCUGGUCCCUCGCCUGGCGCCCCGCAGACCUAGACGAAGGUUACAUCCCCUUCAUGGAAGGCGUGGGCAACGCAGUCGGGUUCAGCGAUCCUGUAUUCCGCGCCGGGUUUGCGGCUGCUAUGGAUGGGGCGACGCCGGAGGAGAAAAUCGGACAUGCGAGUGCGGGGUGGGUGAGGGAGGUGUGUCCGGGGCGGAGUAGGACGUGGGAGGAUUUGAAGAUGUUGAGGGGGUGGUGGGGGGGGAAGAUUGUGUUGAAGGGGAUUCAACACGUCGACGACGCUAGACUAGCAGUUGAAGCCGGUAUGGACGGUAUAGUGGUAUCUAACCACGGCGGGCGACAAGUCGACGGGGCGAUUGGAUCUCUUGAAGUUCUUCCUGAGAUUGCAGCUGCGGUAGGGGAUAAAAUCACCGUCUUAUUCGACUCGGGCAUCCGGACGGGGGUGGAUGUUAUUAAAGCCCUCAGUCUCGGCGCAGAAGCAGUGCUAGUAGGACGGCCAGCUGUGUAUGGAUUCGCAGUCGGUGGCGCGGAAGGGGCGAAACAGGUGUUGAGGGGGUUAUUGGCGGAUUUCGAGAUGAGUUUGGGGUUGGCGGGUAUUGAUGGGGUGGAGGGGUGUAAGCCGGAGAUUCUGAGGAGGGUGGAGGGGGGUGGGAGUUUGAGGAGCUCGAAUUAA